AUGGACGCUUCCGAUGCAUCUGAGAAGAAGGCGGCCAAGUUCAAGAGCCCGUUCAAGAUUUACGAGAACUUUAGAAACGUGUACAAGAAAGGCAAGAAGCAAGUGAUUUUCGUGCCCGAAGAGGAGAGCUCAGACGAAUCUUCGUCUUCCAGCCGGGAGUCCUCGUUGACCUCCAAUCUCACCUCAAGGAUCGAUGGCAACUCCACGGACGAUUCCGGAAUUGACAGCAUUGGCGAUGCCCGAUCACGUCUCACCGGUCGCCCCAGACGGAACGUGUGGAAGCGCGAAUUCGUCCUGAAUGGUGGUGAUGGCCCUGGUGGGGGGGCAUCAGCCUCUUCGUCGUCGGCCGCGUCUUCGGACGCUUUGGGCGAAGAUUGUGUCUUAUCGGGGGAGGUUGAACUCAAGUCGGUCAGGCGGGGUCAGUCAUUUCUGAGCGCUCAAGGGGCCCAGACGUUGGAGGAUCAGAAGAUCGAGGAACUCAGUCAGCUGAUCAACGACACCGGUGCCCUUCUGUGCCGGAAUAGCAACCUUCGCGCAAGCUUGACCAUAGCCGUGCGUGAUGGGAAAGAUCGCCGAUCCACCACAUUUGCCAUUCCCACACCCAAGAAACAGACCCGUAAGAAGAUCAUAGUGCCAGUGAAAAUUGACUCUGAGGAGGAGGAGGACGAGGAGGAAGAAGAAGGCGACGGGCAAAGUGACAAGCAUGACGUCGUGGAUGACUUGCCAGUUUCGGCCUUUGUUCGACACAAUCCGGCGCGAAAGCCCGUGUCCACAACCGGGGCCAUUGUGACGAGGAGAUCCAUCAAACUCGCGCCAUGUACCGUUGCCAAGCUCGCGUCUCAAUUUGACAGCUCCCGAUCGGUCAUGGCCCCUGCGAGUUCCCAAAACGUGGGUCUGACCACCUCUUCCUCGGGAUGCUCCUAUCCCAAGACCAAACCCAUGGCGGGUCGAUUGUCAUCCAAUGAGACGACCAAACCCGUCCAGAGUCAAAGGCCCGUGUCAAUGAAGCCUGAGGCCCUCAUCAAGCCAUCAAGUGAAGUGGGAAUUUCCAAGCACAAGCCUAUGGCCACCAAAUUGCCAGAGAAAGAGCUCAAGUUAUGUAACAAGCGAGACAUAUCCAAAAUCAUCUCGGCCCUUAAUCGCUUGGACGAAGAAGCCAGAAAAGACACUGCAGUUCUGAGACGAAGUCUGAGACGUGCUGCCAUCGCCGCAGCACGAAAGGGGGGCAAUGAAACGAGUGAUCUUGGUGGUGGUUUUUGUGAGGCUAAUAUUUCAAGAGAGAACAGUGCUCCGUGCGGUGAUGGUAUUGUAAGUAAUCAUAACAACAACAGCGACAACAACAGCAGCAGUCGUGCGGCCAAGAGGCAUGAAGCGCGUGAAAUAGUCGGUUGCAACGGAAGUUCCAAGAAUUCCUCUGUGACGUCAGCCAAGGGUAGUCAUGCCGAACAAGUGACCACCGUUGAUGCUCAGCCAUUGACAGACCACUGGGAAAUUGAUCACACCACGCCAAUCAAAGAAGAGCAACCAGAUGAGAAUGACAAGAGCAAUAAUGACUUGGGGCAUCCAGGCAAAGCCACGAGUUCUGCCUCUCCCACCGCUUCCCUGACCUCUCGUUAUUUGCAAACCUUGGCCGUGUUGGCGCAAGAGAAUGACCAGACUUUCAGUACAAAGGCCGCCACUCAAAACUCGACCAAGACAUCGAGCCCGCCCAAUGACCCCUACACAAAGGUCAUCAAAAAGGAGUCCUUUGCCAAGAAGCGCCUUCUGGAGGCCGUCAAGGUGCAAAAGAAUGACUCCAUCAAGAGCGUUCUAACCAAUCGUGCGCCUGUUGUGCGGAGAAACGAGUCCCUCCUCCGGAAGACGUUGGAAUCCAACCAGUAUGAGAAAUGUGGAAGCGUGUCCACCUAUGGUGGGUAUGACGAUAUCAUGGCCCCUAGUCACAAGUACAUCGACCUGGUGAAUCAGAGCAACUCCUACAUGGAUUUAGCCAGUGCGGUCUAUUCGGAAAUCGGAUCCCGAAGAUCAUUCGCAUAUGAUGAGGUGGAUCAAACGCAAAACGAGGAGUCCUAUCUCUCGCUUUUAGAUGAGACAGAGGAACUGGGCCUUCGUCGAAGCAUCUCCGAGGACAACAUCUCCGUCAUGACCCGCUACGAACCCGUGAAUGAUGAUGAUGAUGGCCACCUACCUCAUCCCCGAUCCAGCCCAUCGUCCUUGGUGAAGGCCAUGCCCGCCAUCAUCCUCGAAGAUGGAACCGAAUCGUGUCUGUACCAUGAGAUCGCUCAGAGUCGAAGUUCCACGCUCAACAGCCGGUUCUUCUACGAUGGCACCCUGGGCGCUGAUUUGUAUGAAAGCAUCGCCGGAUCCAUCCUCAAUCUGGCCUGCGGGAAGGCCGGGACCGAUCAACGCAUGCAAGACCUCUACUCCAUUUGCGACAAGAGCAAGAAGGCUGCCAAGAGUCCGAACACCAACCCCGACGAAAUCCUCUCGUACACCUUGGCCAAGUUAAGUGAAGUGUCCAAUCCGGGGUUCAAGCGCUCCAACUCCAAACGCGGCUCCGUGAUGAGUAGCAGUACGGACAAAUCCACUUCAGACGAAUGGGUUGACAUUGACACGGACACGGACUAUGAGGAAUCUCAUUUCCCGAGAUUGGAGAGAAACCAGAGUUUCAUCAGGACUAGUGGAAGAAUGAGCCAUCGAACCCGUGGAAAAUGGCCAAAUCGAUCCAUUCGGAAGCCCUGGAAUUUGGCUGUGAAAGAAGUCCAACGCAAAGAACAAUCGAAAGGCGCUCCAUCCGAUGAUGAACUUUACGAGUCCAUCUAUGAAGUCGUUAAUCCACCACACAACCAUCAUCUCCGCCAUCCCCGGCGUUCUUAUGACGAUUUCGAUUCUGAAUCUGAAUUUGACGAGAUUAUUGAGGAGGACGAAUAUCAGGUCAACGGCAACCAGAACCGAGAAUCCUAAAUUCGGGGAAACCCUCCGGGACCUGGAAUCGAACCCCAUCUGUCAGUCACUUGACAUGCACUCGUUCCUAAUGUUACCAAUGCAACGCAUCACUCGGUUACCUUUGCUAAUCGAUGCCAUCUACCAUCGAUUGAACACCCAUUCCCGUGAAUACACCUCGUGAAAAGAGGCUCUCCAAAUCUUGAACAAGAUUGUCAAAGAGUGCAAUGAAUCGGCCAGAAACAUGGAACGAAUGGAGGAGCUUCUGCUCCUCAGUCACCAACUCGAUUUCAAGGAUGUCCGGGCAGUUCCCCUGAUCUCGGCCAGCCGGUGGUUGGUGAAACGGGGUGA